UAUGCCUAAUAGAUAGGUGUUGACUAGUAUUCGAAACUAACUUGCCCUGUUACAAUGCGAGAUACAUUGCCCAAAGCGGCAGUAUGCCGCGAUGUAAUAGAGGGUGUGACUACAUACCUAUGUACAUAUCUAAUGGGCAUAUCGAUCGUGUAGAUGUAUCCAAGAUAUAUAUAAUACGUUCCCCGCUCCCUUGCCCAACAACUAUAUUUCUUGCCUUUUAUAUAUCAGAUCAUCAAGAAGCAACUGGCACCGGAUAGAGCCAACCUUAGGAAAAUAAGUAACUUAGUUUUGCGACGGGCUCGGACCUAGACGGCUACCUCUCCUCACUUAUCAACCCAACAGAAACAUUUACCAAAGUCACAGUCGUUUACUCUGCAUAACCCCAUCAUCCUCAACGGUAUACAAGCAAGCCUACGCACAAGACAUCAUGAGCCAACCACAAGACAAAACCGUCACCGACGUCGAGAAGGCCCAGUCCACUUCCUCCGACACGGCCUCCAUAUUCUCGACAAGCUCAUUCGGCAGCGCCAAAGCUCUGUUCAAGAAGCACACCUCAAGCAAGUCCAGCAAACCCGACGGGUCCAACUCCGGCUCCAGCUCUAGUCCCACACAAGCCGAUCAGGAUGAACUUCUAAGCCCCCUAGCUCUACUAUACGUGGUACACCUUGUUCGUCCUUUCGGGACGGCCGGUUACCGGUUAUUUCGGUGACGGAAUAAGGGGGUAGAUAGGAUGUUAGGGCCACGUUCCGGCAAGAAAGCCUGGUAUUUUCUGGAUUGAUGGACGAAGGAUAGGACAUAUGUUUCUUAGAACGGGGAGAAUUACCUUGGUAUAUGCAGUUAUGCACA